UGUAGCAGAAAGUAGCAGAAAAUGGAAAAACUCAAGUACCUCUGCUCUGAAAAAAACAUCUUUUCAGUAAUAGGCCUAAUUAUAGAAAUAUUUCUCUACAUUUCUCUACAUUGCUCCCAUCCAUCACUCCCUACUGAGUACAAUUUUGUAUAAUGUGUCAGAUCCCUGUGAGGCAUCCACAGUUCUGAGUAAGAUCAUCACACAGAAUGCAGGUAGGUGUGUCUGGUACUACAGUACGUGUCUUCAGAGUCACACGAGGGUGAGGGAUUCCAGGAUUCUGGCCUGGUCAUUUUGCUUGAAGGGCAGGAGAGCUCAUUCAGAGCUCUGCCUCGUCCAUUACUGACUUAUAUCCAGCCAACCGAGCAGCCAGCUCCCUGGCCAGGUGAUAUGGUAGCAGGAGACCUUCAGAAACUGCCACAGGGCAGAGGCAGACUGCGUCAACCCGCCCAGGCCCCUCGUCCAGACCAUGGACACGCACCGAGGAAGUCCCGCAAGAAGCUCCAAGUUAUCAUCUGUGUUCUGCUUGUGGAGCUGUGUGAGAGAUUCACUUUCUUUGGGAUUGUAUGCAACAUGAUUCUCUUCUGCACUGUGAAGAUGGGCUAUGAUAACUACCUGGCUGCGACAGUCAACCUGUGCUUUAUAGGAGCCAGCACCCUGACCCCUGUUCUGGUUGGGUGGUUUGCAGAGACCUGCUUAGGAAGGACCAAGGUGCUCUACUUGUGUGCUUUCCUUCAUUUCUUUGGCACAGCCAUGCUGCCCGUGGUGGCAUUCCCGUUUGAAGAUUUCUACAUUGAUACUCAUCACAUGACACACCUGCUGGAACCUCGGGAGCAGCAGAUCUUGUUCUACAUCGGCCUUCUGGCUGCUGCACUGGGCAUCGGCGGCAUCCGGGCCAUCCUCUGUCCCAUGGGAGCCUAUAGUCUGCAGUGCUACAAUCAGCACCAGCUCCUGUCCUUCUUCAACUGGUUCUACUGGUUGGUCAACCUCAAUUCCACUGUGGUGUUUCUGGGUAUUGCUUACAUCCAGCAGUCUGUGGCCAAAAAUCUGGGCUUCCUUAUCCCCUUUACCUCUGUGCUGCUGGCUCUACUCGCCAUACAUAUGAUGCGGAACAAACUCACCUAUAAACCCAAGAAAGGUGGCUCAUUAUUAACCACACUGGGAGUUUUCAUGAACUCUCUCAAGAUGUGCUGCCUCCACUAUCGUCACCUGAGUGGAGAUGUGGGAUCUUGGCUGGACCGAGCCAAGGAGAACAAUGGCGGCCGAUACAGCGAAACACACGUAGAAAACGUUAAAGUCCUGGCCAAGCUCUUCCCUCUUUAUGGCCUUCAGCUGCUUUACAGAGCCUGCAUCACACAGAUUCCCUCAGGUUACUACAUACAGACAAUGAACUCAAACCUUCACCUGAACAACCUCCUGUUGCCCAUCGGCGCCAUGAAUGUGAUCAGUAUCCUACCGCUGCUGCUCUUAGCCCCGCUGAUCGAGUGUGUGACGACUUGCUACCUCUCCAUGGAAAAAACUCCUCUGGCACCUGCAAAAGUCAUCACUCUGGGCCAUGCGUGUGCCACCCUGUCGGUCCUGGUGGCAGGUUUGUCUGAGCUGCAGAGGAAGGCAUACCCUCUGGUGGAGCAGACCCUGUCUGGAAAAGUUCUGCAUGUGUCAUCCAUGCCGUGUUUCCAGCUGGCUCCUCAGUACAUCCUACUUGGUCUCGCAGAGGCUCUCGUCACUCCUGCAUGUUCCCUCAUAUCUUUCCAGCUGACCCCGAGCCACAUUAGAGGCAUCUCCCUGCACUUCCUCACUCUGUCCUAUGGAGGGGGCUGCUUUCUGGGAGCCUUCAUCGUUCAGCUGGUGUACUUUCUCUCUGGAGGUAACUUCUACCCAAACACACUGCAUGAUGGGAAUCUGGAGAGAUUCUUCUUCCUCCUGGCCACACUAAUGGCUGUAAAUACCCUCGUGUUUUGGAGUGUAUCUUACAGGUACAUAGACCUGAGUGUGCAGGGUAAAGCACUGACCGCCAGCCCUCUGACUGAGAAGCUGCUGUAUUACAAGGCCUGUCUGCGCUUCUACGACACUGUGGAUCGCUCCUACACAAACGCCUCCAUUGAAUCCAUUUUAUGACGGUCUCAAUUAUUAUCUCUACUGUUGGUGGCGCUGGCGCUGCAUGUUACUACUUCAUGUAAAAAGUCUGUGACUUGGGAAAUUGUGGGCUGAACUGUAAAAAUGAAGUUCAUGGACUAUUUCUUCAUUGCUUUUACGAUAAAUGUAAUAAUAAAAUGUGUGCAUAUAAUCAAACAAAUGUCCCGUACUGUAACCAUGGAACGCUACUUGACUUUUGUGAGCAUGGCCUCAAUACGAGUGAAAUUUUUGAGAUACAUUUGCUAAUCAAACGUAAA